AUGGCUGUCCUGCGCAUUCGUUUGGUCCUCAUCAUCCUCCUGAUGUUGGUUACCGGCAUCCUCGCCGACUUCACCAUCAUGGCCGCCGACCUCUACUUCAGGGGCAUUGACGGUAACUACAAGAUCAACACGCGCUACAUCUUUGUUGAGGGCGACGGCCAUCUCAAUUGCAACAAUCUCUGGUCGAUUCCAGCUUGGUUCGAAUCCAUCGACGUCAGUGGCGACAAGCAAGGCGUUCGUUACAAGGGCAUCAGACCGCUCGACCCCGAGCUGAUUGAAUUCAACACCGACUUUGGUCACUACACCAUGUACAAGGACCGCGACUACCACCUCGCGGCCCUUGACGACGAGGACAGCGGCCACUGCAGAGUCGUCAACUCGUUUACAAGAAACUGCCACUACGAGGGCAACAGACUAGUCGUUAAAUCAAUCGUUCGCUGCACCACAGACACCGUCCGCCUCUAG